AUGGUGCUGAGUGACACCAAUGGAAGUGCAUUCGGAGACAGCAGUAUGAGGUCUUCUAUGGUCGAAGAGCGCACGAGUGAUCUCGGCGCUGUUGGUGUUGCUUCUUCAAACGGCAUGAUGAUCUCCGAUGCGCUCGUAUCCCAGUUGAUCAAGAUUACGCACGAGGCUGGAGAGGCGGCAGUGGCCGUUGCGGCAGCGUCCUCUGGUUCUCCCAGAGUUUUGCCCUCAAGCUCCCCGAGCCUUUUGAUGGAGAUGGCGAACAGCACGCGCUGCGGGGAGCAGAUCCUGAGCCACGGUAAAGUGGAAAAAGUUCUCAUUGGUGGAGUGCUUACCAUGCUUACGCUCAUCACCAUUUGCGGGAACUUGCUCGUGGUCAUCUCCGUGUGUUUCGUGAAGAAGUUACGGCAGCCGUCCAACUAUCUUAUCGUGUCACUCGCGCUGGCGGACCUGUCCGUCGCCGUGGCGGUGAUGCCGUUCGUGAGUAUAACAGAUCUGAUCGGUGGCCGUUGGAUUUUCGGUCAGUUCUUCUGCAAUGUGUUCAUCGCUAUGGAUGUGAUGUGUUGUACCGCAUCUAUCAUGACCUUAUGCGUCAUCAGUAUAGAUAGGUACCUUGGUAUCACCAGACCCCUCACAUACCCAGUAAGACAGAGUGGAAGAUGCAUGGCCAAAAUGGUGCUCUCUGUGUGGCUACUCUCUGCAUCAAUCACCCUACCUCCACUCUUUGGUUGGGCACAGAAUGUAAAUGAUGAUCGUGUUUGCCUAAUCAGUCAGGACUUUGGUUACACCAUCUACUCCACUGCCGUGGCCUUCUACAUACCCAUGACCGUGAUGUUGAUCAUGUACUACCGCAUCUAUCGGGCAGCCAAGCUCAGUGCCGCCAAACACAACAUCACAGGGUUCCCAAGAACAGGAGAGGGGGAAGAAGGAGACGAAGAGGAGGAGGGGGAGGGCCGCGACAGGGAGCCGAAAGGCAUAGACUGCGUAACCAUGGCGAUGAAGCUGCACAGGGAAGUGGAGGAGUGCACCCACUUGCCCCGCCUCUUGCGCGGAGUCAGAGGCGGAACCAGUAGCGCGGACAGGAGGAGCAUCUCCAUCUUCAAGCGGGAACAGAAGGCUGCCGCCACGUUGGGUAUCGUGGUGGGCGCGUUCACCGUUUGCUGGCUGCCGUUUUUCUUGCUCUCCACCGCCCGACCGUUUGUCUGUGGGACGGAAUGCAGCUGCGUACCCAUGUGGGUGGAGAGGACCCUUCUGUGGUUAGGUUACGCCAACUCGCUUAUUAACCCUUUUAUCUAUGCCUUCUUCAACCGUGACCUCCGCACCACGUACCGGAGCCUUCUCAGCUGUCGCUAUCGCAACAUCAACCGCAGGCUCUCUGCCGCAGGCAUGCAUGAGGCCCUCAAACUGGUGGAGCGACCAGAUGCAGUCAUCUGA